UUAUUAGAAAUAUGACUUGGUUCCAGUUUGUUUUACAGAUAGUGUGAAUUUUAUCUUAAGUGUUUUCCUGGAAAGCUGAACAAGACUCUUUUGAGGAAUAAGAAGUGUUGCUACAUUCAUUUUUUUUUUUUUUCGUAUUAACGUUACGACAAAACACCCACUGUAUAUGGCAACACCGUAUGUAUAAAACCUUUGAGAAACGUUGAAUGAUAUCAUGGCCUUGAGAUACUCAUCAUUAAUCUCAGGUAACCUUGGAACACCUCAAGUAUCUCACGCGGAUAUCACAUGACCGGUACAUACGAAGUGCCACAAAAUAAGACUAUUUUGCACGCCUUGUUGUAUAAUUAGCAUUACUACUCGGCGUAAAACCCAUGUCGACGAUCCAUCUUACUGCAAACGGCCUGUUGUUACGCAAUCGGCAGGUAGUUUCAGCAAAAUCUGCAUGUAAUGCCUGAGCGAUUCUGUAUGUUCACCAAAAUGAUAAAGAAGAGAUAAGCAGGACAAAAUCCGAUAAACGAAGAGACACGAUUGAAUCUCGAUGGCCAACAGGAUGGCAACACGAUAGACGCAGCCUGCCCCUUCUCGCCCUCGCUUCGCAUUCUUCAUCUUCUCGUCUUUCUUCUGUUCUCUUCGCCGACGUCUUCGCACCAUGGCCAAGAGCAGAGACCCCCCCGCUGAAGGAGGUGGGCCUCAGGCGAAGGCGAGAGGACCACCUGUCGAGGAGCUGGUGCCCCCAGAUGGCGGCUGGGGCUGGUUCAUCGUGCUUGGCAGUGGUAUCAUGCAGUUUGUAUUACCGAGUCUCUCGACCUGUUUCGGCCUGAUCUACGUGCACCUGGUGGCGUCCGGCUACUCGAACAGCCAGGUGUCGCCCAUUCCCGGCCUGAUGAUCGGUAUGACGUGCCUAACAGGUCCCGUAGCAACAAGUCUCACCCGUUACUACAGUCACCGACGUCUGAGUAUCAUUGGGAUUUGCCUCUCGGUGAUGGGCAUCUUCCUGUGUUCCUUCUGGGAUGACCUCUAUUGGUAUUAUGUCUGCUUUGGGGUCAUUGGGGGCGUGGGCAACGGGCUGGCGAAUCCCCACGGCUUCAUCCUGGGCCAGAUGUACUUCCGCCGAAGGAGGGUGGCCGCCAACGCCCUCUCGAUGCUGGGAUCCUCGCUGGGCUUCAUGGUGAUGCCGCCCCUCGUCAGGUUCCUCGCCAACACGUAUGCCCAUCAGGGCGCCCUCCUGCUGUGGUCGGCUAUCCUGCUGCACGGCCUCGUGGGCGCCGCUCUCUACCAGCCGGUCGAGUGGCACUUGAAGCCCAACCCGCUGGCCAACGUUCGCCUGGUCGAGGCCAGGCCGUGCCAGGAAGAGGGCCAUGUCGCUGAUGCUGACGAGGAAGAGGUAGAGGAUGGCAAUCAGGAUGGCUCAUAUCCCAGCGAGAGUGGGGGUGAAUACGAAGAGGGGGAUGAAGAAAGCCUUCAGCAAGGCGUCGCUCACCGUCACUCUGACCCACAAAGACGCCGAGAGUCUGCCGCGUCCAAGGGGGAAGCGGAGGUGUUCCUCGGCAGAGAGAGCAGUGAGAGGCCCUUGAGGGGAGGCAGACGUAGGCUCAGCAGUUGUACCAGAACCUCCGUUCGAAACAGUUUGUACAGUUCGUGUGACGUCAUCGACCAGUUCGGCGGCGCUCUCUCUGUCGAAACGGAAAGACUGAAAGAUGUGUAUGUUGAAGUUGUGGAAAAGGUCGAGGAGAAGCCGAAAGAACCGCAGCCCUUCAUCCUGUGUGGGCUGAAGUUCCCUCGGUUUUCUGAUAUAUUGAAUUUUAGAAUAUUGUCCCACCCCAUGUUCCUCAUCUCGUCCAUAUCUAGCAUCGCUAACAGAAUGGUAUACAUGAACUUUAUCACAUAUCUCCCGGCUUUGGGAGUAGACCUGGGCAUGCAGAACGAGGCGCCCUUCCUGCUCACCACGGUCUCCGUGGCUGACCUCGCCGCCAAAGGAAUCAUGUCCCUAAUCAGCGACCGCGGGUGGUGCCAGCGCCGCUACUUCGCCAUCAUCGCCGGCGUCUUCGCUUGUGUGACGGCCUCGCUGGUGCCCCAAACGUGGAACUUCACAAGUCUUGCCUCCUGCUGCGCCCUCUACGGAUUCAGCCUGGGCGUGAUGGUGUCCGUGUCUCCCAUCCUGCUAGUGGAGUACCUCGGCCUCAAGCUUCUCCCUCACUCGUUCGGUCUCCUCCUCUUCAUGAAUGGAGUGUCAUCACUGAUCAUUUUCCCUCUUACUGGUCACAUCAGCGAUGUAAUGGCUAACUACACAACAAUCUAUUACUUGCUGGGAGGCCUGUCGCUGACGCCGUCCAUUCUGUGGAGUCUCGUGCCUUUCGUCAACCAAGACAAGAUCAGAAACCUUGUCUGAAAUCUUAUCAAUCAUUCUCCACUUUCAGGAAAGAAAAAAUUACUUGGAUUCGCCCUCUUCUGUUUGUCUAAUUUUUUGAUACAACAGAUAUGCUUACAUAUUUUUCAGAACUCGUAUAUAAUAUUUCUAUGGCUUUGCACCAUUUUCUAAUUAUUUAUUUAUUUAUUUAUUCAUAUUUUGUCAAAAAGGGUUGGCGAAUCAGAGUACUUAGAGUCUAGGUCCUUUUCUGAGACCGGACGAACAAUAAAUCAAACGAGAGUUCCUUGUAUAUAUACAAAUUCGUACGUUGCAAUAUACGAAUAUUAAAAUAUGUGGUAUUA